UUGUGUUUUUUUUUGAUGAAUGUCUAGAUUUAUAUUAAUUUCUAUGGUAAAAUAUGGCUGCAAAAGUAAAUCCCCAAGGAUUCUCUGCUUCUGAUUUAUUUCAAAAUAUAGGAAUGCAGAAUCAAGGAGAUGAUAUAACAAAAUAUCCAAUCCAGUUUGAAUUUCUCCAUGCGGCAGCUAAGUUAAGAGAAAAUGGUAUUUUGACUUGCAUUCUUACAAAUAACUGGGUUAAUGAUCAGCAAAAUACUAAAGGAAAGUUCUCACGUGGCAUGUUUUACUUGAAGCUUUAUUUCAAUGAGGUUAUUGAAUCAGCACGAGAAGGAAUUCGGAAACCAGAUACUGAAAUAUACAAGCUCACAUGUAAGAAACUUGGUGUGGUUCCCACAGAAGUUGUUUUUUUAGAUGAUAUUGGUCUUAACUUAAAAAGUGCAAGUCAACUAGGAAUCCGAUGCAUCAAAGUUACAAAUACUAAUACUGCUAUCAAAGAGCUUGAAAGUGCAGUCCAGAUGAAGCUGACAGCCCCAAAGGAUAAAACAGCAUUUCCUCCUGCAAGCCACCCAGAUAGCGUGACACAUUCUUAUAUUAAUGUAACUCCGAAAGUUAAACUACAUUUUGUAGAAGCUGGAGAAGGACCUGCAAUUAUUCUGUUGCAUGGAUUUCCUGACUUCUGGUAUGGUUGGCGCAACCAGAUACCCGCUUUAGUUCAAGCUGGAUAUAGAGUAAUUGUGCCAGACCAGCGAGGAUUUGGGGAAUCUAGCUGCCCACCGCGCAUUCAAGAUUAUGGUCAGAAAUAUUUAUGUGAUGAUGUUUUAAAGAUAUUGGAUGUAUUGUGUAUUCCUCAAGCCACUGUGGUUGGACAUGACUGGGGUGGUUCAUUAGCAUGGAACCUUGCCCUGAUAUAUCCUGAUAGGUUUAAAGCAGUUUGUGGGAUAAACACACCAUUCUUUCCCAUUAACCCUAAACGUAAUCCUAUGGUUAGCAUGAUGAAGAACCCUGGAUCUUUUGAUUAUCAACUUUACUUUCAAGAACCAGGUGUAGCGGAGAAGGAAUUUGAAUUAGAUGUGGAAAGAUCAUUGACAUUGAUACUUAAAGGAUUGGAGAAGUCUGAAGAUGAUACAAUUAAGAAGGAAAAAAGUGGGUUCUGGUCGACCAGCAAUGUCAGGGCAAGAGGUGGAAUGUUGGUUGGAGCUCCUUCCGUUGCUGUACGUAGUCCAUACUUGACAGAUUACGAUAUGAGGUACUAUGUGAAAAACUUUAAAAGAACUGGAUUCAGGGGACCUUUAAAUUGGUAUCGCAACUAUGAACUAAACUGGAGUUGGAUGAAACGUUUUGCCGGAAGAAAAAUCAUCAUUCCUGCUUUGAUGGUCACUGCCUCUCAUGACCUAGUUUUGAAACCAGAGUAUUCUGUUGGAAUGGAAAAGAGGAUUCCUUUGUUGUCCCGAUUGCACAUUGAAAGAUGCAGCCACUGGACCAUGCAAGAGCAGCCAUACAAGCUUAACUGUGGUUUAAUUAAAUGGCUGGAUGAAGUACAUGGAAAAUUACCAUUAGUGACAUCCAAGAUAUAGAUCAUCAAAGAUUUGAGAUAUGCAAAUUGGAAAAGUUUAUUUUAUUAAUUGAUGCAGCUUAAAUAUAUGUGAAUAAUGAACAAAACUUUUCAUAAAUGUUAUUGUAAUCUAUGACUUUCUACGAAUCUAUGCAAUUAAAUACCAUGUGCCAAUUUUAGCACACAGUUAUAUUAUAUAUCUUUUUUUAAUCUUGUUUACUUAUAAAACCAUUUUUUUUAUUAUGUUAUGUUAAUUGUUUAUUAUUUAAAAGUAAUUUAUGCAAACGUUAAUUAAUUAUGCAG